GUAGAGGCGCUACUGUAUGUCGUGUAAACCCUUACGGUGAUGCAAAUCCUAUCCUUGUGUUGAAAGACCCGCUCAGUGGAGUCCAGAGUACUCGAUUGGGGACCUUUGAAGGUUCAAAAUGGUGCUGGGGCGGAUCUUCCAUGCCUUGAUAAAUAACGCUCAGGUGGUGGAGAAGCUCGCGGAGUCUCGACCUAUUAGACGCGCAGCGCAGAUCACGGCCUUCGCCAUCACUAAAGCUCAGAUCGCCGGGAAAAACGCCUCGAACAAGCUGCUCACAUCCCACACUUUUCGGCAGAUACGCGAGGAGACCUCACAGAUGCCCAGGGGUGUGGGGGAUUUGGGUCGAAGAGCUUCGAGGCUGCGGGACACGUUUGUGAAGGAGGUGAAAGAGGGAAUAAAGGACGCCAAUCGACAGAUAAAAGACAAAAAGUGACUAUUGUGUGCCACUGGGACAGCGUCAUUUAAAGACUCAGACUGGUGUGUUGUGGCCCUUAAUAGACUUAUUUAAAUUAAUAACACUGUAAAGAUUGCUUCUAUGACCGGAAGUGCCAUGUUGUUUGAGAAAGAAAUGGUUGAAAUGAGUGUUUUGGAUUGGUUGUCACGUUAUAACAAAAUAUGUUGCCAGAUUAUUAAAUAAAGAGAGUUCUACGCUACAA